UCUGAACUUCACAAGACAUUGGGGGAGGGCGGCAGACAGACAGACACGCCCGCGCGCGACAUCCGCUCUGCUAGUGCGCGCUCGCGCUGUGACGCUCGAGCUGUCUGAAGGGUUUCAGUCUGUGCGCGUGUUGUUGACGGUCAGACUGACUAGAGGGAGAGAGCGAGACAGCGGACCUGGACCGAUCAUCCUGAGGCAACACAUCAAACCAUUAGUUCUGUCACAAUCAUGCAUGUAGCUGGACGUAAAAGGAUUUGCAACCUUUAACCCAGCGAGAAAAGAAGGAGCAACCCAAAGGUGUCGUGUUUGAAGAACAGACGAAUAUUUUCCACCCAAGCAAGACCAGUAAUCUGUGUACGGACAUGGCCAGCCCUCAGACGAGUCUGAAAACCCCAUUCAAAGACCUGACGUCAUUCAAAGGCAACAUGAAGCGGCUGUACAGGGAGCGACUGGAGGAUGCACCCAUUAAAAAGCGGGUAAUGGCAGAGAUGCACAUGAAACGACGCAGCCUGGAGAGCGUCUCCAAACCCCCGAAGGUCAAGAAGGAGCGUGAGGAACACGCCAGCUCGGAAAUGGACAUCGAGGAAAGAGAAUUCCACAUGGUCGGGGCUUCCAAGGCUUUAGAUCUCAGCGCUGGCCUCAAGCACACUCUGGCACAGUUCACGCUGAGCAGCCAGAGCUCCCUGGGAGGUCCUGCUGCCUUCUCAGCAAAAUCGGCUCAGGAGUGCGCCUCUCCUGCUGGCAUGGCUCCCCUGCCGUCUCCCCCAGUCCUUGGAGGAGGCCCGCUCUUGGUUCCCUGUGACAGCUCCACUGAGCUCACUCAUUCUCUCCUCGAAGGGGAGUCCAUCUCCUGCUUUGUUGUAGGUGGUGAAAAGCGUCUUUGUCUGCCACAGGUACUCAAUUCGGUGCUGCGAGACUUCUCUUUGCAGCAGAUCAACGCCGUCUGUGACGAACUUUACGUUUACUGUUCCCGAUGUGAUGCCGAGCAGCUCCACAUCCUCAAGGUGCUGGGCAUCCUGCCUUUCAACGCACCUUCCUGUGGCCUGAUCACCCUAACGGAUGCCCAACGGCUCUGCAACGCCCUGCUCCGCCCGGGUGCCACCCUCUCGGCCGACCCCAACAGCAAACUGGCAGGCCAAGGCCUGCUGAAGGAGAGCGAGGCCAGUUUCCAGGUGGAACACCAGUGUCUGGGCAAGUGCCAAGGCCUGUUUGUGCCCCAGUUCUAUGUCCAGCCGGACGCUCCUUGCAUUCAAUGCAUGGAAUGCCAGCUGCUGUUUUCCCCACAGAACUUUGUAAUGCACUCGCACAAAUCCCCCGACAAGAGGACCUGCCACUGGGGCUUCGAUUCAGCCAAGUGGCCUUGCUACCUACAGCUGGGCCGCAAGCACGAGGGCACGGCGGAGGAGCCCCAACUCAAACAGCUGCUGGAUGAGAUGAAGGAGAAGUUUCACUACCAGCUAAAGAGGCCUCUGGACAGAAAGGUGGUGGAUGAUGACGGUCACGGGAGGAAGUCCAGUCCUGCACCCUGCCCACCUAACAGCAAGCUGUCUGAUAACGCCCUGGAGAAAAAGGGCAACUCGCAGUCUUCACUGGUUUUCAGUCGUCUCUUUCCCGAUAUCAAAGAGGAACCAGGACAUGGCCCCAUCAUCCACCCGAGUUACUACCUGUACACGUACGAUAAGAUGGUGGCCCCUAACGUGUCCCUGCGGAAGGAGGCAGAGGUGAGCCAUGAGGUUCUGGGUGCCCUGCUUAAACAACACUACAGCAGAAGAGCACUCACCCACGACAGCCAGCCCACCACAGAUCUUUCCGCAUCUCCUUCCUCUGUCGCAGAGGAGGCCAAAUCCCACCACACGGGCGAAGCGCACGAGCGCCGCCAACCUCCUCCGCCAGUCGCCAUGGAGACUAGCUCGGGCGGCAAGCAGCACGCCCCCAUUCCCACGGCGGGAAAAGACAGCGGAACGGAGGACGACAAGGACAGGAUCAUGCUGGAGAUUGUGCAGAUGUACCGGCGGCAGCAAGAGAAGCUCAAUUCCACCCUUCAGAAACAGCUGCAGCUGGAGAUGGAGCUGGAGGCAGUGCGCGGGGGUGAGGCAGCCAGGCUGAGGGAGUUGUCUGCGGAGCAGCUGGAGCUGCAGAACGAGCUGGAGGCGGUGCACACUGAGCAUGCUCAGAGACUGGGGGAGGUGCGGCAGGAGCAGAGACAGCUGGAACACCGACUGGAGCAGCUCAGGCAGCAGAGCUGUGCCUGCCAACCCAAAGAACAGGAGGCGCAGUACAACGCGCAGCUGUGUGAGCUGCGGCGUCGUCUGGAGCGUGCCGAGGCGGAGCGGCAGGAACUGCAGGAGGAGCUGUGCAGAGAACGAGAGGCCAGAGAGAAGCUGGAGCUCAUGAUCUCACAGCUUCAGCUGCAGAUGACCCAGUCUGGCACCAAGGGGAGCCGCAGCAGUAGCCCUGCCCAGCCCCCGACCCCCUCCGCAAGCCCCCAAUCCCAGCAUUCCCCCAUUUCACCGGCCCCUGAGGUAACCUCCGGAUAAACUGCUCACCCCCUCUCUCGCACACUUCCACGCCUGUAGCCCAGGAACACGCUUGCCCACUCCCUGCAGAGACACAGACAAACACAAGACAAGCUCUGCAGAAAAGAGCAGCUCUCCCAUAAACGUUUCCCUUUGUGUUCCCUUAAUGUUUGUGUUUAAUUUAAAAAGACUUUUCGUGUCUCAGUUUGUUUUAAUUUAUAGUCGUGCUGAGAGGCUGAUGGGACAGAGGAGGUGUUUCUUUUCAGGACUUUUUGCCUCCUGUGGCGUUGGGACAGUGCUUGAGUGCUUUUCCUGUCCCAGCACUUUGGAUAAAGGAAAAAAAACUGACACUCAGUAAAAUACUACCUGUCACACAGGAUGCCAAACAGCAAGACGCCAAUGCCCUGCAGCCGCAAGAAACCACGUGGAUGUUUGCUUUUUUAUUUUCAAUAUGUGUAUCAUCAUUUCUCACUGAAAAAAAUGGGAGAAGUUUUUGUUAAUAUCACAAAAAUCUCAGUAAAAUAUUAUGUUUUAAGUCAUUAUAUUUCAUACAAGUGAUUCAGAAACGCAGAGGCGCCCCUUACUGAGGCCCCCCUGGUUUAAGAUCAUAAUCCCUCUUCCUUUCCUUCUCCCCUCCAUUUUCUUUCCCUCCGUCUGUCUUUUCGGUCUGGUGUUGAUUAUGUGUUUCCUGUCUGCACUGCUGACCCUUUGCAGGCUGGUAUAUGACAAACAACUCAGUUCAUUCCUGUGUGAUGCAGUAAGCAAGCAAAGACUCACAUUCGCCCCCUGCUGGAGAACACUAUGAAACUCAGUUCUCGGUAGAUUGACUAGAUUGACUGAGUAGAUCAACAUCAUACGCUCUACAAAAAUGCUGGGUUAAAAACAACCCAAGUUGGGUUAAAUAUGGACAAACCCAAUGAUUAGGUUGUUUUGACCCAGAGGUUGGGUUAAAUGUUUGUCCAACGUGCUGGGUAGUUUUAUUUAACUCAACUAUUGUUUAAAAAUUACCACAUGGCUGGCUUAAAAUGAGCCCAAAAUAGGCUGAAAAUUAAAAAUUGGACACAUAAUUACUAGAGGCAACAAUAAUAAUCAAAACAUUUAUUAAUAAGCAAUUUAAUGAUUAGUAUUUAUGAAACUCUUUAAUUUAUGAAACAUGUUAAUUUCCAACAUAUUUUAGGUUCAUUUUAAGUGAGAAAUAAAGUAAUUUUUAAACAAUUGUUGAGUUAAAUAAAACUAUCCAGCAGGUUGGGUCAAACAUUUAACCCAAUUGCUGGAUUUGUCUGUUUUUAACCCAGCAUUUUUAGAGUGUAUCUUCAAACAAAGCACACAGUUGACCUUAAAUGUGUCAUUUUCUUAGUGAAGUUCCUCAAGGAUUCAUUAGUAGUGCAAUUGGAGAGUCACAAUCUCUCAUAAACCACAGCUGAUUUCUUUAUGCUGAUAAAUUACCUAGUUUUUCAAUGCUGGAUUCCAGGUUAAAUGAUUUGGCCGUCAUGUAUUGGGUGUUUAGCCUAGACUUUUCAUAUUCAUAUUCCCCGUCUUCAUUCCUCUGUGUCAUUAUUCUGGAUGACUGAACAAACAGGUCUGACAGAGACGAGGAAAACAGACAGGGGGCCAAGGGAGGGACAUGAAGUAAUUAAUGCUGUCACGUCCGCUCCCAGUCACUCCGUAUAAUGGGACAGCUGCCUUUGAUGCCCACCCAUACAUCAACUGUUAGACGGAUAAAGGAGGUGAAGUGUUUUUGGCAGCAGUAGUGCAGUUUGUUCAUUCAUUCUUCAGUUCCAAGUGAGUUUAUAAACAAUAAUAGACAGGAAUACAGGCUUCUUCUUUCAUGAUGUACAUAUCUAGAACAUUCCACUGUGCACAACUCACCGGUUUCAAAAUCAGCCAAGACGCAGCGUUUUUCUAAACCUGAUAAUGUGUACAGUGCAAAACCUCUUCGACGUAAGAGAGGAAAACGCCCUGACUUAUGUGAAUAUAUCCAGCAAUGAAGAAUCGAAAAACAAGACUAUAUUGUAAAUGAGUGCUUUGCCAUUUUUUUGGAACUUUUAUUCAGAAAUUAUUUAAUGUAUUAACUAAUAAAGAUUUAUAUACACUUUGUACAUACGGUAGUCAUUAAUAUAUUAACUAAAUUCUUAUAAAUAAUCUUUCAAGGUUUCUGAUCACAUUUGCAAGAGCUGGGUGUAUCCCAAGCUUUAAUAUUGUUUUUGAAGAGUGUUUGUUGAUGUGUGUGUGAGGCGGUGUAGGGGGUGGGAUGCAUGACGCUCAGAACCCCUGCGCUCCAUCCAUCCAUUGGGGAUUGGGAACAGUGACUGGUACCUCAGUGUCUCCCUACAGUGGGUCAUUUCAUCCAUUUCACUGGAGCCCACUGAGUCUGACAACCUGUUGUUAUUUUGGCUGGCUUUUCAGCUUUUCCUCUUCCCCAGAUAUAUAUAUAUAUAUAUGAGAAUUUAAAAUUCUUACAAAGAAUUGAGUGAAAUAAUGCAUGUAUUGUUAGAUACUAUAUUGUUAUGCUAAAACAAAGAUUCAUUAUUGCUAAAAUGCAGUGAUUUUUUUUUUUUUUCUUUUCUUUUGUAUUUUGUCUCACAUAUACAAGCUUUCAAACAAACCUUCCUCCAUAUUGUCUGAAAAAAGUAGUCUUUAUGUAAAUGAGCACAAAAUGUGCCUAAUAUAGAUGCCAGAGACUUUUGAUAUGUGAGAGACUGUGUGUCAGUGGCAAAUGCUUAAUGCUUACUGAAAGGAGCGAUUUCUUUUAUAUAUAUAUAUAUAUAUAUAUAUAUAUAUAUACAAAUACAAAUAUAUAGCUCUGACAUCAUGUGUAGUUCUUUUGAGAGAUUGUAGCAUUUGUUUGGUCACUGUAAUACAUUACACACAGUGUGUCGACUACAAUUUCUGUACAAUCAGUAUUAGGUUUCUUUUAUUUUCACCACAGUUACCUCUGUAGCAGCCCGUUUCAAUGCUGUUUUUGAUAGUUUUUGGGUAUUAAAGUGUAUUUCUGAAGCUUUUUAGACUACCUUUUCAUUUGUAACGAUUCUAUGAAAUGUGUAAAUUGCAUUUUGUACACAGGGGGGCGCUGUAUAUCUUCUAUGUAGAAUGCCAUGUUGAAUUCUGGGCAUAGGAAUACAGUACUCUUUAGACUCUAGAAACAACAAACCUGUUUUUUUGGCUUUUGCAGUAUUAAACAGAUUAAUACAGAUAAUGUUGUACAUAUUUGGGAGGUGUUGAAUAUCUGUUUAUAGGCCUGGUAUGAUAUAAUUAGCAAAAAUUGUACCUUAAAGCAAUCUAAUACUAGAGUUUUCCAGCAAAGCUCCCAUGUAUUUUGCAUUCUAAAGGAGAAUAUCCCAUUUUACAGGGGAUAAUGAAUACUGUGGCUCCCUUGAGCUGAUUAAUGGCAAAAAAUAUAUAAAAGAAAAUUAGAAUUAUAUAAACAGAACAUUUUUUAUAUUGGUAAAAAAUACACGUAGUAUACAAAUAACUACCUGCCAGCACAGCAUGUGUCCCUAUUAUCUUGAUCACACCUUUUCUAAUAUGUAACUGAGACAUGAAUACUAAAAAAAACACAGAUGUGAUGCUUUUUUGUUGUUGUUGGAGAACACACUCAACACUGUAAUAGAAAUGAUAUCGUUUACGACUUUUGUAAACAGCAAAGAUAUUUAAGUUGUAAUUCUGAGAUAUGAAAUGCAGUGUUUCUGUGUAUCAUUGCAUAACAUGUUGCCAAUCCUACAGUGUGAUGAGGUUUUUUUUUUUUUGCUCUUGCAUGAAAAUGAGACAAUGCUCUCCUACCUCAUGUUGUGAUAUAAGAUGUUUUCUAAAGCAGAUGACACAUCUCGAACUGUUUAUCAUGAUUGAUAUUUACGAGUUAAAUACAUGUACAUGCUUUUAGCUAAUACCUCAGUUGAAUCUUAUUUUAUUGUUUAUUUCCCCUCUUUCAGACAUUGUAAAUAUAUCUUGUAUAGACAAUGAACUUGGAUUCAAUUCAAGUAAAGUUCUGUAGUGUCAAACCGGU